AUGGUGACAUUGAUGCCGUGUAGCUACCUCAGCGGCGGGUCCCCGCGAUGCAGUUUGGACCACACGGAACCCAAGACUAAACGACCACGACAAGACACAGGAACCGAUGUUAGAUUAUCUGGUGAAGGCGCAAGCCCAGAAUCGGAAUCGACAUCUGAGUCACCACCAUCGCUACUUCAAGAUGCAAAUCUCCCAGCACUACUAGCCACGUCAUAUCCAAAUACAUCUACUAACUCGGCACUAAGCUCUGAUGCCCUGGUAUUAUCUGGUGACGUAGAGUCCUGCACCUUGACGAACGGAUGCCCAUCAAGUACAGCACUCUCUUUGCCAUUGACGUCCACUGGUCUCUGUUCUACGUCGACAUCUUCGGCAGUCGCUUGGUUGAUGAAUGAAGAUAGCACGGGUGGUGGAGUCAAGAGCGAAGUCCGAAGCCCGGGGCUUUGCGAAGCGGACGUGGCUUUGUACGGCGAAGCGUUGCCCUACGACCAGUCAGCAUUGUCUUAUCAGUAUUAUAAUAGUAUGCAACAAUAUGGCAGCGGGGGCGCUGCUUCAUCAUACGUCAGCUCCUCUCUAUACAACCAGCCAUAUGCGGCUUACCCAACUGCGCACAACUCUAAUAAUAGGCCGUCGUGCAAAGCGACGCCAACUUAUCUAAGUCCAUACGGCGUGAGCGGUGUGGGAACGGUUUCCAGUUCUGGUUUCGCUGCUCAGCCAUCUCCUUACGCCUAUUCUUCCUAUAACAGCGGCUUGGCGCAGUCGUUUUCUAAUACGCAACAGGAUUACAGUAGUUAUACAACAGGUUACGCGGAUCACAGCGUCGCGCAAUAUGGCGGUUACUAUGCAACCCCGAGUUAUUCACCCUAUGUUAGUUCACCGAGCAGCAGUGGGAGUGCCGGUCACACGUCCUACCACCUAGGUGGAACUUUAACAGAGAACCAAGAAUAUCCUCCAAGCAAACGCCCCAGAAUAAAUGAUGAUGAACCAGACCAUAAUUAUGGUGACUCCGAUUUCUGGCCUGAUUCUGACAGCGAUAGUGAGUCUCCAUCGUCAAUGCUGCCUUCUAUAAAUGACACACCUUUAUCACCAAUCAAGAAUGAAAUUCAUGCUGCCAGCCGGAGAUGUAGAGAAAAUUCAGGAGAGAGUACAACAUCCAGAUCUCGCGGGCGAGGUCGUAGGAACACAUCUUCAUCACCAGCGCAACAUGUACCUGAACCAACUACAGAAAGAGUGUUCAUUUGGGAUUUGGACGAAACUAUUAUUAUCUUCCAUUCAUUGCUCACUGGGACUUAUGCAACUAAGUACAACAAGGAUACACAGCAGAUAGUACAGUUGGGAUUUAGAAUGGAAGAGAUGAUAUUUAGCUUAGCAGAUACCCAUUUCUUCUUCAAUGAUGUAGAGGACUGUGACCAAGAACACAUAGAUGCGGUAGCGGCUGAUGAUAAUGGACAAGACCUAUCUGCAUACAACUUCGCCUCCGACGGUUUCCACGCGGGUGCAGCCCCGAACGCCGGUUUAUGCGCCCCUGGUGUCAGAGGUGGAGUUGACUGGAUGAGGAAACUCGCUUUCCGAUACAGGAAAAUCAAAGAUACAUACAAUAAUUACAGAAAUAGUGUGGGUGGUUUAUUGGGACCAGCAAAACGUGAACAGUGGCUGCAACUGCGGGCAGAACUCGAACAGGCCACAGAUAACUGGUUAACCCUUGCUUGUAAAUGCCUAAAUAUGAUCAAUUCUAGAGAAAACUGUGUGAAUGUACUUGUUACAACGACCCAGCUGGUACCAGCUCUAGCCAAAGUGCUACUAUUCGGCCUGGGUGGAGUAUUUCCUAUAGAGAACAUCUACUCAGCUACCAAGACUGGCAAAGAAACAUGUUUCGAAAAAAUCAAACAACGCUUCGGCGAAAGAUGCACCUACGUAGUGGUCGGCGACGGACAGGACGAAGAAGCUGCCGCCAAAGCGAAGAACUACCCCUUCUGGCGGAUAUCCGGUCAUUCGGAUAUCGCGGCUCUGUAUAACGCGUUGGACAUGGGCUUCUUAUGA